AUGGUAUUCAGAGAACAAGUUAGAGAUAAUGAAAAACCUCCUGAACGUUUGGAUUUAGCAUAUAGAGAGAUUAAUGAAAUUAACCCACAGAUCGUAGACAGAUUUGGGCCAUUUGUAAAGGAGUUGGAUUUAUCGAAUAAUAAUUUAGAAAGAGAUUUAACAAUUUUAGAAGGAUUUAAAAAAUUAACAACACUUGUUUUAGAUGGAAAUAAAAUAUCACAUCAUAUUAAAUUCCCAAUAUUAAACCAACUACACACAUUAUGGAUUAAUAGUAAUCAAAUUGGUAAUCUCAGUAUUUUUAUAGAUAAAGUAUUGGAGUCAUUUCCAAAUAUACGUACAUUUUCAAUGUUAAAGAACGAAGCAUGUCCAAAUUUUUUUAAUGGCCAUUCAUUAAGAGAGUACAAAGAUUACAGAUUAUAUAUUAUUUCAAAAUUAAAAAAUUUACAGAUAUUAGAUUCAACACCAGUCAGUGGUGAAGAGAGAUUAGAGGCUGCAAAAUUAUAUGGUAAUAUGAGUAGUUUAACUCAGACUCUAUCAGCAUCAACUAUAAAACCAAAACCAACACAUAUAGACCCACUUUUAGAGGAUGAUCCUAAAAAGAAAAGAGAACAAAUGGAGAAACAGGCUAUUUUAGAUAAAGAAAAGAAGAAAAAGGAAAAAGAAGAGAGAAAAGAAAGAAGAAAUAUUAAAAAAAUUGAAAAGGAAGAGAAACAAUAUAAUAAAUUAUUACAAAAACAAAAACAACAAGAGGAGUCUCAAAAAAAUCAAAAAGUUAAAAAUGAAGAUGAUUUUACAGAUGAUGAAGAGGAUAAUAAUAACAAUAGUAGUAGUUUGAAAACACCAAUUAAAUCAUCAGAUGGAUUAAAUAGCUCAUUACCAGUAUUUUCAAGUGAACAAUCGCCUAUUGCGACUAUAUUACCACCAAUUCCACACAAACAAACUGUUUAUGAUAACCCUGAUAUGGCUGAUGACGAAGCUUUUACAGCUGAAUCAUCCGAUCAAUCAGACCUACCUUUAUAUAGAAAUCAAAACCAAAAUACAAAUAACGGUAUACCUAUUCCUCCACCUCCACCACAAAGCAAUAUUAAACACGAAAACGAUAACGAUUCAGACGAUUCAGAUACAGAUACAGAUUCAGAUAGCUCAGAUUGGUCCUCUGAAGAUUUAAAUGAUGACGAUGAUUCAAAUACAGUUUCAAAUCAAUUACCAACUAAAUUAACAAUUAGAGAUCAAUAUUAUCAAGAUGAUUCAGAUGAUGAUUCAGAAGACUCUGAUAAUUAUCAAAAUCGAACUCAUUUCCCAGUUCGUCCACCAAAAUAA